AUGCAGCGACACUCGGCAGAGGCGUCAGGCGAGCUCGUCCUUCCACCCGCCAAAGCGUUGAAGGACGAGCCAGUUCUUCAGGAGGUGCACAUCGUCCACUUCAACGAUGUCUACAACCUCCAGCCGCAACACAAGGAGGAGCCGGUGGGCGGAGCCGCCCGUUUCAUGACCAUCCUCCGAGAGUUGAAGGCAGAGUUGGCGCCCCAGAAGGUGCUGGUCUGCAUGUCCGGUGACUUCGUGGGGCCUUCGCUGACUUCAUCUUUCAGCAAGGGUGCGCACAUCAUCGAUGCCAUGAAUGCAGUCGGGGUGGACUACGCGACUUUCGGGAAUCAUGAGUUUGACUACGGCUACCAAUCCCUCGUCAACCGACUUCAAGGCUACGAUGACGACGCGCAGGCAGGCGAGGGCCACGAGGAGGUCGACUAUCCGAAAUCCACGGCCACCUGGCUCAUGACCAAUAUGAGCGAGGGGAAGACCGGUCAUCCGGUGGGCGGUGCGGAGACGAAGCGCUACGACAUCGUGGAGGUCAACGGCGUGAAGGUCGGGCUCAUGGGCCUCUCCGAGGACUGGUUGGCCGGCUGCUCGCAGUUGCGGGAGGGGGAAAUCGUCUACAAGGAUCACAUCGAGACGGGCCGUGAGUAUGCCCGGAAGAUGAAGCUUGAGGGGGCCCAGGUCGUGGUUGCCCUGACACACAACCGCUUCGAUAACGACAGAGUACUGACCGAGGCCGUCCCUGAGAUCGACCUCCUCCUCGGUGGCCACGACCACUUCUACAAACGUGCGGAUAAGAAGCACCGCGUGAUCAAGUCCGGUGAGGAGUGGCGUUGGCUGACACACACAACCCUGCACGUGAUGGGGGAGACAGUGAAGAAGCUGGCCGUCGAGCGCUACGACGUGGACUCGGACGUGGAGUGCGAUCCCGUUCUGCAGGAGCUGGUGGACAAGUACUCGCGGAUUCGGGACAACAAGUUCAAGCAGGUGAUCUGCCAAAUCAAGAGCCCCUUCGAUGCCACCGAGGAGUGCUGCAGAUAUCAGGAAGGUGUGAUGACGAACUGGAUUUGUGACGCCGUGGCAGAAGACUACUCUGUGAAAGAUGGCCUUCAAUCAGCAGAUUUUACCAUGAUCAUGGGCCUCCACUUUGCUGGCAAGAAG